AUGUCAGCUGAUCAUUCAAGAGAUCCAUGUCCUAUGGUGAUAUUAAACGAUUUCGGUGGUGCUUUUGCCAUGGGUGCCAUUGGUGGUUGUGUAUGGCAUGGUAUUAAAGGUUUCAGAAAUUCUCCAUUGGGUGAGCGUGGUAGAGGUGCAGUUAGUGCCAUCAAAGCUCGUGCGCCUGUUGUUGGUGGUAAUUUUGGUGUUUGGGGUGGUCUUUUCUCCACAUUUGAUUGUAGUGUUAAAGCUGUAAGGAAAAGAGAAGAUCCAUGGAACGCUAUCAUUGCUGGUUUUUUCACAGGUGGUGCUUUAGCUAUUAGAGGUGGUUGGAAACAUACUAGAAAUAGUGCUAUCACAUGUGCCUGUUUAUUAGGUGUCAUUGAAGGUGUUGGGCUAAUGUUCCAAAGAUAUGCUACUUGGCAAGCCAAACCAAUGGCACCUCCAUUACCUGAAGGUCCAGGCUCUGCCCAACCUUUACAAGCUUAA